AUGGAGCCAACAAUCAAGGAGGGCAGCUCGAGGAGACUCGUCCUCGCAAUCAGCUGUUUCGCCUCGCUCGGCGUCUUCCUCUUCGGCUAUGACCAGGGCGUCAUGUCGGGGCUCAUCACGAACCCGUUCUUCAGGUCGUACUUCCACCAGCCCAGCCGUGUCGAAUUGGCGACCAUGGUCGCUAUCCUCGAGAUUGGGGCCCUCAUCACCUCCCUCCUGGCCGGUCGAGUAGGCGACAUCUUCGGCCGUCGCGCAACCAUCUUCGUCGGGGCAUGCAUCUUCUCUCUGGGCGGGCUCUUCCAGGCCUUCACGACCGGCUUCCGCAUGAUGGUCUUCGGGCGCAUCCUGUCAGGCUUUGGAGUCGGGUUCCUCAGCAUGUGUGUCCCGGUGUACCAGAGCGAGAUCAGUCCGGCUGAGAACCGCGGCAGGCUGGGGUGCAUUGAGUUCACGGGCAACAUCUUCGGCUAUGCCUCGAGUGUCUGGAUCGACUACUUCGCCUCCUACAUCACCUCAGACCUCUCCUGGCGCUUCCCCCUCCUUAUGCAGUCCGUAAUCGGCAUCAUCCUCGCGAUCGGCACGCUCUUCCUCCCCGAGUCGCCGAGGUGGUUGAUCGAUACGGAACAAGAUGAGGAGGGGAUGGGGGUGUUGGCGGAUUUGCAUGGGGAUGGGGACCCGGAGGAUGAGAGGGCCCAGGAGGAGUUCCGUGAGAUCAAAGAAGGCGUCCUCGCCGAGCGCGAGUUCGGCGACCGCACGUACAAGGCGAUGUGGCGGCGCUACAAGUACCGCGUGCUCAUCGCGAUGUCGGCGCAGUUCUGCGCGCAACUUAACGGCAUCAACGUCAUCUCGUACUAUGCCCCGCUGGUCUUCGAACAAGCGGGCUGGAUUGGGCGCGACGCGAUCCUCAUGACGGGAAUCAAUAGUAUCGUCUACAUCGCGAGUACGGUUCCGACUUGGUACCUUGUCGACACCCUCGGACGGCGACCGAUCCUCCUAAGCGGUGCAGCGACGAUGGCCGUUGCGCUCACCCUCGUCGGUUUCUUCCUCUAUCUCGACGCGCCUUACACGCCCAACGCCGUCGUCGGCUGCGUCAUCAUCUACAACGCCGCGUUCGGAUUCAGCUGGGGCCCUAUCCCUUGGCUCUACCCAGCGGAAAUCCUCCCGAACGCCUUCCGCGUCAAAGGUGUCUCGCUCUCGACCGCCGCCAACUGGCUCAGCAACUACGUCGUUGGCGAAGCGACGCCCAUCUUGCAGGAGACGAUCGAGUGGCGACUGUACCCGAUGCACGCCGGGUUCUGCGUCUUUUCGUUCAUCCUCGUUUAUUUCGCGUAUCCGGAGACGAUGGGCGUCCCGCUCGAGGAGAUGGACGAACUCUUCGGCGACCAACCUCGACACCCGCUCCUCCCGACUUCCGACGAAGAAGGCGAGCACGCGCCGCUGCGGCGCUCGCACUCAAUUCCGACGUUCCGCCACGGCCGUCCUCACUCGCACGCCGACCACGUCGAGCCGCCCUACCCUCGGAACCACAAGCGGACGCUCAGUGGCGCGAGCUUGCCCGGCCGAGGGAGCGACGGCGUCGAGGCUGUUCGUGGGUGGUGGAGCGGUAGUCAGGGCGGGAGCAGUCGAGGAGGAAGUAGGCCGACGACGCCGAGGAUCAGGGAUUACCAGUCGGUCAGGCAGGAGACGGACGAUGAUAGGCCCUAG